AUGUUUGCAGAAUCACUCACCGCAUUUGGCGACUAUUUCGGUGGCGACAACGCCGCUCUGGCUCGAAUUACUCUGGAUAUGGAAGAAGUUUCGGCGUUUUACGGGGCAGCAUGGGAAGCAUGCCGAACCAUUCCACCGGGAGAGACGCGCUCGUAUAAAUGGCUGGCCAAUGCCGCCGGCAGUCCCAGGGCAGCCCGGGCAGCUGGGCAGGCCAUGGCCAAAAACCGCCUGGUUCUGGUUGUUCCCUGUCACCGAGUGAUCGGCAGUGGUGGCAACCUGCACGGCUACGGCGCCGGUGGCCUCGAUGUCAAGACCAGAUUGCUGGAAAUGGAACGCGAUCCGGCCAGAACCCAUUGA